AUAAGGAUCGUUUGUUUGCGCGUGUGAUAUGCUCUCUUCAUAGCAACGUUCGCCAAUAAGGAACUCACCUUAAUUAUAUCUAAAUUUUUAUCAAGAUUAAUUUUCAUCGUCUUCAUGAACAAAUCCAGUGAUUUCGCCGAUUUAUGUCCAAUGAGAUGCUACUUAAGAGGGCUAAAUUAUCGUUUCGAAUAUUCCGAACAAUUCUAGUAAGAAACUUUGCAUCGAGCAAAGGAGGAAAAGAAAAAGAUAUACCACCAUGUCCAAAACUAGCCAGAUUCGAAACGUGUCAGUUGGACCCCUGUAUGCUGGAUCCAUGCAAACCAGAACCAACGGUUGUUAUCAUCGGUGCAGGAAUGGCUGGACUUUCAGCGGCGCAUCGGUUGGCGCAAUGUGGCCUUCAAAAUUUCACGAUAUUAGAGGCGACGGAUAGACCAGGAGGUCGAAUUCAUUCGUGUUGGUUGGGUGAUGUGGUGGCCGAGAUGGGUGCAACCUGGAUCGAAGGAGGGUGCGUGGCGAAUCCUGUAUUCACGCUAGCUGCUCAAGAAGGUCUUCUGAAGCCACCGCUCUUCAGGCCUGAUCCGAGUCGUGGUCUUUUUUGUACAAGCGAUGGCCGCGCUAUCGAUCUUCCUGUCAGCAUUACGGCUUAUCAUACGUUUCGGCAGAUCGAGCAACAGGCGGCAACUCUUUUCUCUCUAGGUUGUGGCCGCACCCACGGAACGUUGCUGAAUUUUAUGGGCGUUCGAAUUCAGCAGGAGCUGCACAAUUUUCCGGAGGAGCAACGAUAUGACGCGGCCAGGGUGAUGUACGGGAUGACAAACUGCGUGAGAUGUCGCUGCGGAGAUGAUCUGUCGCUGGUUUCUGCAGAUCAGUUUGGAAGUUAUAUCGAGAUACCUGGUGGUAACGUGAGAGUGCCCCUUGGAUACGUCGGAGUGCUUGCACCUCUGUUACGAGAUUUGCCGAGUUGCGCUCUCAAAUACUGCAAGCCAGUGAGUUGCAUUAGAUGGGGCGCCAUAAGCGAUUCGUGUCCUCGGGCGGUGGUGAAGUGUUGCGAUGGCGAAGAAUUUCCAGCCGAUUACGUGAUCGUCACAGUGUCCCUUGGUGUCUUGAAGCAUCAACACGAUAAACUUUUCUGUCCAGCGUUACCCGCGGAAAAAGUCGAAGCUAUUUGCAAAUUAGGAUACGGAUACGUAAAUAAAAUAUUCCUGGAAUAUGCAAGGCCGUUCUGGGUUUGGAAGGAGGGAGGCAUUAAACUGGCUUGGUCAGCUGAUGAACUCGCUGACAGAUGCGACUGGGUGAAAGGGAUCUCAAUAGUGGAAGAAUUAUCGACUUCGCAACAUGUUUUGUGUGCGUGGGUUUGUGGCCGAGAGGCGGCAGAUAUGGAAUUGUGCUCCGACGAAGAGGUCGUGGAGUCGAUAACAAGAGUUCUUCGACAAUUUACCGGUGAUCCUACACUUCCCUACCCAGCAAAUCUUCUCCGAAGCAAAUGGUGCAUGGAUCAAUACUUUGCUGGUUCAUGUAGUUAUAUGGGGAUGAACAGUACUGUUGGUCAUCAAUGUGAUUUAGCUAGUCCAUUGCCAGGUACCUGCGAGCCUAUACCACCGAUUCUUUUAUUCGCUGGAGAAGCUACGAUUCCAGGACAUUACAGUACAGUACACGGCGCCAGAUUGAGCGGUAUUCGCGAAGCGGAAAGAAUAAUUCAAUUAACGAAACGGUUUGGUGGUCCGCCAACGAAAACAUCCGAUAACAGCUGAGUUCGUAUAUAAUUUCGUGCAAGUAAGAAGUUACCAUAAAUGGUAUUCGUCAUAGUAAACGUGCCCGUCUUCUGUCCAGGAUGACACCGAUCAACGCAUUUCAUUCAAAUAAAAUCUUUUAUAUUUGAAAUUUGACGAAGCUAAGACAUCGAUGAUUUUAUAUUAUUUAUGCAA